AAGAAUAUAUUGCAACUUUCAAGGGAUCUGAAUACUUCUGCUACGACUUGUCUCAAAACCCCAUUCAAAGCAGCAGUGAUGAAAUAACUCUGUCCUUUAAAACCCUUCAGAGGAAUGGACUGAUGCUUCACACGGGGAAAUCAGCUGAUUAUGUCAAUCUUGCCCUGAAAAAUGGAGCUGUCUCUCUGGUCAUUAAUUUGGGAUCAGGGGCCUUUGAAGCACUAGUGGAGCCCGUGAAUGGAAAGUUUAAUGAUAAUGCCUGGCAUGAUGUGAAAGUCACCAGGAAUCUGCGUCAGGUGACAAUAUCAGUGGAUGGGAUUCUUACCACAACGGGCUACACACAAGAAGAUUAUACCAUGCUGGGGUCUGAUGACUUUUUCUAUGUUGGAGGCAGUCCCAGCACAGCCGACCUUCCAGGGUCACCUGUCAGUAACAACUUUAUGGGCUGUCUCAAAGAGGUUGUAUAUAAAAAUAAUGAUGUAAGGCUGGAAUUAUCUCGACUUGCCAAGCAAGGAGAUCCAAAGAUGAAGAUUCAUGGAGUGGUGGCGUUUAAAUGUGAGAAUGUUGCGACUCUAGACCCAAUCACCUUCGAAACCCCAGAGUCUUUUAUCUCGUUACCUAAAUGGAAUGCAAAGAAAACAGGCUCCAUAUCAUUUGAUUUCCGCACAACAGAGCCAAACGGCCUCAUCUUAUUCAGCCACGGCAAGCCAAGACAUCAGAAAGACGCCAAACACCCACAGAUGGUAAAGGUGGACUUCUUCGCUAUUGAGAUGCUGGACGGCCAUCUCUACCUCCUCCUGGACAUGGGGUCAGGUACUAUAAAAAUAAAAGCCCUGCAGAAGAAAGUGAAUGAUGGAGAAUGGUACCAUGUGGACUUCCAGAGAGAUGGACGGUCAGGUACCAUUUCUGUCAACACACUGCGCACGCCCUACACCGCUCCUGGCGAGAGUGAGAUUUUGGACCUGGAUGAUGAGCUCUACUUGGGGGGCUUGCCAGAAAAUAAGGCCGGCCUUGUCUUCCCCACUGAGGUGUGGACUGCUCUGCUCAACUAUGGCUACGUGGGCUGCAUCAGGGAUUUGUUCAUUGAUGGCCAAAGCAAAGAUAUCCGGCAAAUGGCUGAAAUUCAAAGUACUGCUGGAGUGAAGCCCUCCUGCUCAAGGGAAACAGCAAAACCGUGCCUUAGCAAUCCUUGCAAAAACAAUGGCAUGUGCAGGGAUGGCUGGAACAGAUAUGUCUGCGAUUGUUCCGGAACAGGCUAUCUUGGCAGGUCUUGUGAGAGAGAGGCAACGGUAUUGAGCUAUGAUGGGAGUAUGUUUAUGAAAAUCCAGCUCCCAGUGGUCAUGCACACGGAGGCCGAGGACGUGUCCUUAAGGUUCCGAUCCCAGCGUGCAUACGGGAUUCUAAUGGCAACCACAUCUAGAGACUCGGCAGACACACUGCGCCUGGAGCUCGAUGCUGGGCGUGUGAAACUGACGGUCAAUCUAGAUUGUAUCAGGAUUAACUGUAAUUCCAGCAAAGGUCCCGAGACCCUUUUUGCUGGCUAUAACCUCAAUGAUAAUGAGUGGCACACAGUGCGUGUGGUCCGGCGAGGAAAAAGUUUAAAGUUAACUGUGGACGACCAACAGGCCAUGACAGGUCAAAUGGCGGGUGACCACACGAGGCUGGAGUUCCAUAACAUAGAGACUGGCAUCAUCACAGAACGGCGGUAUCUUUCUUCUGUCCCCUCCAACUUCAUUGGACACCUGCAGAGCCUGACAUUUAACGGAAUGGCAUAUAUUGACCUGUGUAAAAAUGGCGACAUAGAUUACUGUGAGCUCAAUGCCAGAUUUGGCUUCAGGAACAUCAUAGCAGACCCUGUCACCUUCAAGACCAAAUCGAGCUAUGUUGCCUUAGCUACACUGCAAGCCUACACUUCUAUGCAUCUCUUUUUUCAGUUCAAGACAACAUCCCUAGAUGGACUAAUUCUGUAUAACAGUGGAGAUGGGAAUGAUUUCAUUGUGGUUGAAUUAGUUAAAGGGUACUUACACUACGUGUUUGAUUUGGGAAAUGGUGCUAACCUCAUCAAAGGGAGCUCAAAUAAACCUCUCAAUGACAAUCAGUGGCACAAUGUGAUGAUAUCAAGGGACACCAGCAAUCUCCACACUGUAAAGAUUGACACAAAGAUCACUACGCAGAUCACUGCUGGAGCCAGGAACCUAGACCUCAAGAGUGACUUGUACAUUGGAGGAGUGGCUAAGGAAACGUACAAAUCCUUGCCAAAACUCGUUCACGCGAAGGAAGGUUUCCAAGGCUGCCUGGCAUCCGUUGAUUUAAAUGGACGGCUUCCGGACCUCAUCUCAGAUGCUCUUUUCUGCAAUGGACAGAUCGAGAGAGGAUGUGAAGGGCCCAGCACAACCUGCCAGGAGGACUCGUGUUCCAACCAAGGCGUGUGCCUGCAGCAGUGGGACGGCUUCAGCUGUGACUGCAGCAUGACGUCCUUCAGUGGGCCGCUCUGCAACGACCCUGGGACAACGUACAUCUUUAGCAAAGGUGGUGGACAAAUCACGUAUAAGUGGCCUCCUAAUGACCGGCCCAGUACCCGAGCAGACAGACUGGCCAUAGGGUUCAGCACCGUUCAGAAGGAAGCCGUGCUGGUGCGGGUGGACAGUUCUUCAGGCCUGGGGGACUACCUAGAACUGCACAUACACCAAGGAAAAAUUGGAGUUAAGUUUAAUGUUGGGACAGAUGACAUUGCCAUUGAAGAGUCCAAUGCAAUCAUCAAUGAUGGGAAAUACCACGUAGUUCGUUUCACGAGGAGUGGCGGCAAUGCCACAUUACAGGUGGACAGCUGGCCAGUUAUUGAGCGCUACCCUGCAGGAAACAAUGAUAACGAGCGCCUGGCGAUUGCUAGACAGCGAAUUCCAUAUCGACUUGGUCGAGUAGUUGAUGAAUGGCUACUCGACAAAGGGCGUCAGCUCACAAUCUUCAAUAGCCAAGCAACCAUAAUAAUUGGCGGGAAAGAGCAGGGCCAGCCUUUCCAGGGCCAGCUCUCUGGGCUUUACUACAAUGGCUUGAAAGUUCUGAAUAUGGCAGCCGAAAAUGAUGCCAACAUCGCCAUAGUGGGAAAUGUGAGACUGGUUGGUGAAGUGCCUUCCUCUAUGACAACUGAGUCGACAGCCACUGCCAUGCAGUCAGAGAUGUCCACGUCGAUUAUGGAGACCACCACGACCCUGGCUACUAGCACAGCCAGAAGAGGAAAACCCCCCACGAAAGAACCCAUUAGCCAGACCACGGAUGACAUCCUUGUGGCCUCAGCAGAGUGUCCCAGUGACGAUGAGGACAUUGACCCCUGUGAGCCGAGCUCAGCCAACCCAACCCGAGCAGGAGGGAGAGAGUCAUACCCAGGCUCGGCAGAAGUGAUCCGGGAGUCCAGCAGCACCACGGGCAUGGUCGUUGGGAUAGUAGCCGCUGCCGCCUUGUGCAUCCUCAUCCUCCUCUAUGCCAUGUACAAGUACAGGAACCGGGAUGAAGGCUCAUACCAUGUGGACGAGAGUCGAAACUACAUCAGUAACUCAGCACAGUCUAACGGGGCAGUUGUAAAGGAGAAACAACCCAGCAGUGCGAAAAGCGCCAACAAAAAUAAGAAAAACAAGGAUAAAGAGUAUUACGUCUGAUCCCAAGAUCUUCAGUGGACACCUGUAUAGAAAUAGUCUUCAUUUUAUCUGAGACAUAAUAUAAACUUAUUUACUUUCCUUUUUAUGAAGCACAUACAAAAGAAGACAGGGAAUGCAAUCAGGAAGGAAAGACUUUUUAAAAAAUAAAAACAAGUAUCUUAUGCUCUUGUUUCUCAAAAAAAGAAAAAAAAAAUAAAAACGGGGGCCAAUCAAUUCCCUAACAUUCACAGUGUUUUCAUUUACUCUGCCUGUCUUUAUGUUGCUGGAACAUUCCUGAAAGACAGUGAUGGCCGCACGCAUUCAUAAAGCAAAGGAGUAUUAAACAUCGAGGCACAACACAAAACAACAACACAGAACAGAACACACAAAAAAGAAGCUACCUAUGAUCCUGGAUUUAGCCAAAGUGCUAGUGCUUCCCUGAGAAGUCAGUGAGUCCGAUGGCCGGAGAAGACUGUCCUUUUGGGUGACUCGACCUGCAAACCUUUAAGCGUUUGCAGCCUGGUGCAACUGGAGUGGUGGUUGGAACUUGGAACUUUGAAACAAAGUGCUGGCUUUUUUGAAGACUUGUGUCGUAACACAUUCGAAAAGCCCCUUUCUGGUUGUUAAGAGAGGAAAAGAAAAGUAUGGAGGCCUUAUUUUCAAAAAUGUGAAAUAUAAGGCACAUUUUCACACAAAAAAAUUUCAAAACACAAACAAGAGGGCAUAGAUGCAAUCAUUGGGAAAUUUUCAUGCACGCUUACUAUGUUAUUACAUAUGUUUAUAUAAAAUCCAUCUCUGUGUGCUUUCUGGACUGUGAUAAGUGACGUUUUAUAGCCUGUUGUAUAGAAAAUGCAAAAUAUAUCUCUGCUCUCCAGCCAUUUUUUGGUAAAUUCAAUGUUAUAAGUGUUGCUAAGUAGAGGGAGUUUUAUGACAUCAGAGCAACAAUGAUUUCAGGUUGUUUUUUUUUUUUUUUUUUUGCCACCAUUAUAAAUUGCCACAAUUACUUUAAUUUUUUUUUUAAAAAUUACAGUGUAGUGUUUAUUCUAAGAAAGAUAUGUAUGAAUGUAUAUAAAAAAACUCAGCCUUUUUCUUACAUGUACAGCCUUCAUUCUGUUGCAAUUAAGUUUUAGUAUUUGUAUGAAAGGUGUGAAUUAGAAGGUAAAAUGUAUACAUAUAGUAUAUCUUAUACUAUUUUUGCCCCCAAGUACUCACGUUCCCACAUACUUUCACAUACACACACACACACACACACACAUCCCCACACGAAUCCACCAGAUAUGAUGGAAGACCCAAACAUGCGUAUAGUAGCAAAUAUUUUCUGACCAAUUGAAAAGCAGAAAGGAAGAUAGUUGUGCCAAGGUACUGAUGGCAAAUGAAGGGAUUCACUUCACCGAGAUCUUGCUCCCAGGAAUCCCCAAGAAGAUUUUAGUCGCUAAUGAAAUACAACCUUUUCUAAUCAAAUAGAAUAUCAUCCAGUAUACUGCUGCAUGAAUAUGAACCAUUAUGUGGGCAGGUUAUGGAAGCAAAAUUGGUUAAUCUACACCUUAACUCUGGCUGUUGCAAUUGAAAAGUUUGUUUCUAAUAAAAUAAUAUCUCUAUUCUCUGAACCUGAUGUGCAUGAUCAACAUUUCUGGAAAGUAAACACGUUCUCAACGAGGAAAGUAUUUUCAAUAAUUUCUGAUUCUGUAUUACUACCCACUUAAAACCAUCACUCUCGAUCUGUUGAUCACUGACUAUGUUUUAACAUUAACUAUGGUUUUACAUAUGUAUCAUUAAAUAUAGUUUUAGUUUAACAUAUCAUAUAGUAGAAAACAAUAGAUUAUACACUUGUUUUUGCACACUGUUUCAAUGAUGUCUUAGCAAUAAAUGGUGAGUAGGAGAACGUAAGGCAAAUGAAAUGGAUUGUUAGAUUGCAAAGUGAUGCUUCAGUAGAAGUUGGUUGCGUUACUCCAACAUCCUCUCAAAGAAUGAUAUUAAUUUUCAUGGAAGAGAUGAAUACCUUUACAAUUAGCUUUGACCAACAAAGACAAAACAUCUCUGUGAUAUUUUAGUUGAUGACUACAGUAUCCAGGAAGUGGCCUGGAUUUCAGAUGUACAGCACUUAAGAAGUACAUACAAUUUACAGCAAAUCACCCGUGUCUGGUUGCCAAGGAAUUGUUGUGUAUGAAGACUCUUAAGUUGUUCAUAACCCAGAAAGUAGAAGGUGUAAAACUAAAAGUUGAUAUCCUUUACAUCUGCUUUUGGUUUUUAUCUUGUUUUAAUUUGCCAGGUCAAAGAAUUCACAUGUCUUUUUUCCCCCCUUCUCAUUCAGUCUUACUCAGGGAAAGCCAGUGAGAUAAAAAGGGAAAUUUAAAACCACUAAUUCACGUAUUAAAUUUUUUUUAAUUUGUUGCUUUUCCAUUUGACGUCUUAAACCAGAAUGAGUUUUCAUCUAGAAAGAUUCUAAAAUGUGAUAGAAAAUAAAUCAAACAAUGGUAUUUUCAAGCAGUAUAUCUAUGAAACAUGAUGUUUGCCUUCAAUGUUUCUUCCCAGAAUAAAUUUUAAUAUUACAUGCAAAGAUAUAAUCUUAUAUGCAUGUAUUACCAGUAAAAAUAUUUCUACUGUUAUUGGCCUACACAAAGUCAAGCAGUUUGGUAUUUUUUUUUCCUGAAAAUGGAGAAAGAAAAGAGAGAACCAUGAGUUAGGGAGAGAAAAUGACUUGGAUAAAAUGCCCAUUAUUUUCAAACCAAAUGUAUCGGGAUUCAUGCAGAGUUUGCAGUUAAUAGAGGAUUUCACGCUACCUGGCAUAAACCUGAUUACAUCUCUAGACUGUAACUUUUCUGAUUGAGUAUGCUUCUUUUGUAUCCACAUAAUAUGUUAACUUUUUAAAACAAGACAAAUACUUCAAUAACAUGUGAAGUGGUCAAUUCCUAAGACAUCGGAGAAAGGCCACAGGACCCCACCCUUCUAGUGUUUUGUGUGAUUGGGUAUCUAAGGGGGUUUUCUUUGUUUUUUUGUUUUUGUUUCUGUUUUUCUGUUGCAAGGCCAAUUUAUCCAUUAAUGGAAAUGCUAAGCAAGUGGAAUUUACUGUUUUGUUAAUAAAAUAUUUCUUAAUACAA